CACGAUGGGAAGCCCUUCUGCCACAAGCCCUGCUACGCCACGCUGUUUGGCCCCAAAGGGGUGAACAUUGGCGGCGCUGGGUCCUACAUCUAUGACAAGCCAGAGAUUGAGGGGCAGACCGCUCCAGGACCCAUCGAGCACCCAGUGAAGGUGGAGGAGAGGAAGGUGAACGCCAUGCCUCCCAAGGGACCCAGCAAAGCCUCCAGUGUCACCACCUUCACUGGGGAGCCCAACAUGUGCCCGCGCUGCGGCAAGAGAGUCUACUUUGCUGAGAAGGUGACUUCUCUGGGGAAGGACUGGCAUCGUCCCUGCCUACGCUGCGAGCGCUGCAGCAAGACGCUCACCCCGGGAGGCCACGCUGAGCACGAUGGACAGCCGUACUGCCACAAGCCCUGCUAUGGGAUCCUUUUUGGGCCAAAGGGUGUCAACACUGGAGCUGUGGGAAGCUACAUCUACGACAAAGACCCCGAGGCGAAGAACCAGCCCUAGACGGCGUCCCCCUGCCCAUCCUGCUGCCCGCUCUGUGCCCCUGUACUAACCUCCUGCUCGCAGCCAGAGCAGAACCCUGCCAGGCUGGCCACGGAGCUGUGCUCUCUCUGCUGUCCCUACUCCGGGCAGGACAGCCCUGCCCCCCGGGUUAUAUAUCAUAGUCUCUAAUAUAAGCUUCAAUGUUUAAAAGAAAAGGUGGAAGGUGUUUCUGGUGGUUCCCAAUGCACUGUGCCCUCGCCAGCCCUCCCACCAGCCCCCUGGGUGCUGGAGGGAGUGGGGCAGGUGUGGAGAUGUCACCGUGUGCAGGGGAUGGUGGGUGACA